GAAGAAUGAACUGAGGAAGAGCCGCUGUGUCUCACGUGGGAGAAGUCUGUUUGAGAGGACUGCACGUUUUUAUUUUAGCCCUGAAUGUGUUCCUAUUCCUUUACAGAACAUGACUGAGGCGUUCAGCAGUAGCAGUGAGGCCGUCCUGCAGCGCACUGUGGAUGUGACUGCCGCUGAAUCAGGCAGCCAAGCUGGAGAUCUAGAGGAGCUGUAUCAGAUCAGCGACACCUGCCGUUUCAUUCAGAGUAAAGAUUUCAAGAAGGUAGCUUUGCAGUUUCCAGAUGAACUUCUAGUAGAUGCUGUAGCAGUCUCUGCAGCGAUAGAGAAGGAAACCAAAGUAAAGACAUAUGUUUUAGGCGACACCUCCUAUGGCAGCUGUUGUGUGGAUGAAGUUGCUGCAGAGCACGUAGGGGCUGACUGCAUCGUGCACUACGGCCAAUCAUGUCUCAGUCCAUCCAGGAGGCUUCCCCUCAUGUAUGUGUUUGGGAAGAGACCUGUCGACGUUCAGAAAUGUGCUGACGCAUUCAGAGAGCUCUACCCUGACACUGAGAGUCAUGUGGUCGUAUUAUAUGACAUCACCUACUCACAUGCCUUAGAUGCCUUCAAGAAGCUCUUGAGUGCCUCGUAUCCCAACACUGUCUUCUCUGUUCUAAAAGCUGAUCAUUUUGGUGGUCAAGAACAAAUCCAUGGACUUGUUGCAGAUGAUGCUAAUUCAGACUGUAUGGACGACAGGGUCGUUCAUAAAUUCGGCAGACAGUUUUGUUUAGCAGAAGGCAAGAGCGUGGAGGACUACAGCAUGUUCUACAUUGGUCGUGAGGGUCUCACUCUUACUAACUUCAUGAUGACCUGGAACCGCUGUGCCUUCUGUUCGUUUGACCCUGAAACGUCCACAGGCCGAACUGAAUCGAUUAAUAUCAACAAGGCGCUGAUGAAACGCUACUAUGCCAUUGAGCGGGCGAAGGAUGCCAAUGUGGUGGGCAUUCUGGUGGGUACACUGGGUGUGGCCAACUACCUGACCAUCAUUGAACAGCUGAAAGAGUGUAUUAGCAAAGCUGGCAAGAAAAGCUACAUGUUUGCAAUGGGCAAGAUCAAUGUGGCCAAAUUGGCCAAUUUCUUGGAGAUCGAUGUGUAUGUGUUAGUUGCUUGUCCAGAGAACUCGCUGCUGGACUCAAGUGAGUUCUACAGGCCAGUGGUGACACCCUUUGAGAUGGAAGUGGCCUGCAAUAAGCACCGCGAGUGGAGCGGAGAAUACAUCACAGACUUCCGAGAUCUACUUCCUGGCGGGAGCAGUCAUGUGGACUUCCCAGAGCCAGAUGAGUCUGCUAAUGAAGAGGACACAACAGAUGUGUCACUGAUCACUGGUGCCCUGCGUACUUCCUGUUUACGUUCCUCCGCUGAGCCGACAGACGGCUCAUCAGCGUCUUCGUCACUUGUCAUCAGGAAUCAGACUCUGACUGUGGCCAACACAAAUACUGCAGCAUCGUUUCUUGCCGGCCGUAGCUGGCAGGGUUUGGAGCCUAAGCUGGGGGAAACUCCGGUGGUGAAAGCUGUGGAGGGAAGACGAGGUAUUGCUAUUGCUUAUGAAGAGGAGGGUACAGACAGUAGAGACUGCCUCACCUGACUUACAGCACAGUACACAGCAGUGUUUGUCUCUGGAGUACAGAAGGAAAUGAGAGAGCUCUCCACUGCAGCAUAUUAUGUCAUAUUGCAGUGCUUUGGAACUAGACAUAAAAUUUUAAUACAUGCCCUUUUUUGGGCAGUGCAGCUGUUGGACUUGUGUGGACUGUGUGUAUAUGUGUGUGUGUGUGUCUUGCUGCUGAAAGAUAAAGGUGCAGUAUUAUAAACUUAAGCACUAAUAUUUCAGUGGUAAUGUGAGUAAGGAAAAGCGAGGGACACAUAUAUAAACCAAAACAGAGUUUUUGGUGAGCAGGUGGGCAAGUACAUCAUAAAGUAAGAGUGUCAAAACACAAUAUGCAAUUCAUCAUGAUAAUGAUAAAUAACCUCUUAUUACUCAGCCCUGCUGAACCCAUAUGAUAUCUCUGAUCACCUUACACAAAGCUACAAUUACCUAUCUAUUGUCCACACAAUUAUCUAUAUAUAAUUUCAGCUAAGUCAAUCAAGAACCAAUCUAAAGGCUAAAUAAUCUGUACAGUCAUACGUGAAAGUUUAGGUACCUGGUCAA